UCUGUUACUUUCUUCAACAGCACAAUCACUGAGUCUGCUUUCAAAAAACACUCACACAUUUAUAAAUUAGAAAUGAUUAUCAGAAAAAGUCUGGUUACGUUGUUAAUUAUGUCCUUUUUACGAUGCCAAGUAGCGGCGAAUGGCGAUUUUCCGGAUUUACCAGAACCGCAGUGCUCAGACUGUCAGCACAUUCAGACGAAAUGUACGAUUUCCAAGUCUGGUGUAUUCUGCACAAACAACACGGAUAGGCUAAACAUUCACUUUUCGAAGGGUAAAGCUGAUCAUAACUCAGACUUACACGCCUGUGUACCAGAAAAAUACGCUAUCAAAGGUCCGAUUUUGGACUGGUGCUGCUUCUGGGCGCCGAAGUUGGGCUGCCAGCAAUUGGCGGGAACCCUCUACCUAAACCACUCGGACUGCGGUAUCUGCCGACACUCCUGUGUCUGCGACGAGGACAGAGACAAUGGGGUGGUCAGACUCUCGCCCACCAGAUGGGGUGCUUUGCUGGGCUUUGUGGCUCUUCUGCUUUGGAUUUGUCUACAGUCUUGAGAAUCGUUGCUUUGCAUAUCACAGGAAAUUCAAUAAGGUUGCCUGCAUGGGGGACUUUCGAGUGCCUGGCCAGAGACCGAAAAACAAAGUGGCCAUUGCACUAAGCCAAGGCGCAUACAAAUCAAGUCAACAAUGGCUCUCCUACUGUCCCCAAACGACGCAAAGCACAUGCCUCUGGCCAAAAGGGGGGGAACACGAUAUUGUUUCUGUUUGUUUUUUCCCGGCAAGUACCAGUGUUGACAGAUAUUCAAAAGAAAAACAUCAUUUUUUUGACAAAA